AUGGCCAUGGAUUAUGUAUGGUCCUGGACCGAUUAUGUCUUUUAUGGGAUGUGUUCAUGUGGCUCAUCAGCAGUCACCUUUGACCCUGUCAACAAAUUACAAAUGGACUCGUUACCUCAUCUAACAAGUUACAGGUUUGUAAUUAUUGCUAAUUACAGGUUUGUAAUUAUUGUUAACAAACAUUCAUUACAUAAUCGUAUGUGA